GAGUCUGAAAACCUAACAAUCCUAACAUUUUCUCCCUUUCAUACGAUUGCGGCUGUUGAAGUAAGAAAAAAUGUCUCACAGAAAGUUUGAGCACCCAAGACACGGUUCUCUCGGCUUUCUCCCUAGGAAGCGUGCUGCUCGCCAUCGCGGAAAAGUGAAAGCCUUUCCAAAGGACGAUCCUACCAAACCAUGCAGCUUGACUGCUUUUGUUGGCUACAAGUCUGGGAUGACCCAUAUUGUUAGGGAGGUUGAGAAACCUGGAUCCAAGCUUCAUAAGAAAGAGACAUGUGAAGCUGUCACUAUCAUUGAAACUCCUCCACUUGUUGUUGUUGGAGUCGUGGGAUAUGUGAAAACACCACGCGGCCUUCGCACACUGAAUACUGUUUGGGCUCAGCAUCUCAGUGAAGAUAUCAAGCGUCGGUUUUAUAAGAACUGGUGCAAGUCAAAGAAGAAGGCUUUUACCAAAUAUUCCAAAAAGUAUGAAACAGAAGAAGGGAAGAAAGAUAUUCAAACUCAGCUUGAGAAAUUGAAAAAAUAUGCUACUGUCAUCCGUGUUCUUGCUCAUACUCAACUCAGGAAGUUGAAGGGUCUAAAACAAAAGAAAGCUCAUUUGAUAGAGAUUCAAGUUAAUGGUGGAACAAUAAGCCAGAAGGUGGACUAUUCAUACAGUUUCUUUGAAAAGCAAGUCCCUGUUGAUGCUGUUUUUCAAAAGGAUGAGAUGAUUGAUAUCAUUGGAGUAACAAAGGGUAAAGGUUAUGAAGGUGUGGUAACUCGUUGGGGUGUCACCCGCCUUCCACGGAAGACUCACAGAGGUCUUAGGAAGGUUGCUUGUAUUGGUGCUUGGCACCCCGCUCGUGUUUCUUUCACAGUUGCCAGGGCCGGUCAGAAUGGAUACCAUCAUCGUACUGAAUUGAACAAGAAGAUCUACAAGGUUGGCAAGACUGACCAAGAGUCACACACAGCCAUCACAGAAUUCGACAGGACUGAGAAGGAUAUUACUCCUAUGGGUGGAUUUCCUCAUUAUGGUAUAGUGAAGCAUGACUAUCUUAUGGUGAAGGGAGGCUGUGUUGGUCCAAAGAAGCGGGUUUUCACUCUUCGUCAGUCACUUCUCAAGCAGACAUCUCGAUUGGCUCUUGAAGAGAUCAAAUUGAAGUUCAUUGACACCUCCUCCAAGUUUGGUCAUGGUCGCUUCCAGACUACUCAGGAGAAACAGAAGUUUUAUGGUCGUUUGAAAGCUUAGUUUUUGUUUUAUUAUGGUUAUGUUUAUCAGCUCUAUCUUGAGUUUAUCUUUGCAAAUAAUUUUUGCAUCAGAAUUAGAUAUUGUGUUCUUUCUUUGUUAAAGUCAGUCGUUGUUUACAUUUCUCAUUGAGAAAACAAUUUUGUUAUUUGCCCUGGAACAUGAAUCAUUAGUUUUACUUUGUUAUUUGUCUUCAUUGCUUUUUACUUGUAUUUAUGUUAGAUCGAAUGUAACUAUCACGUUUGUAAGACUAUUUUUUUUGAAAACAAAGAGCGAAGGCAUAUUGGUACAAGUAUGGUGAUCUAAACACUUGCCCGAUUGUACCAUAUUACAACAACUGCUAGGAAGAAAGUCAACACUAUAACAUAUCUUACAAAUUUUAGUGGGGAAGUGAGUAAAUCGACCGAUCGUACGGUAUGAUUGUUCUCGCUUGCUUUUCGGUUUAUUUCAGAAGGUGCCUUAGCUCAUGAGAUCGGGUUUUAUGUGCUUUAGGAUUCACUAAUUUAGGAGAUAUAUGGUGACUGUAACAUUUUUUAUUGCAGGGUUUAAAGAAACUAUGCUGGUGGAAAAAAGUCUUGGUCUUUACGGGUUCAUUCCUGAAUCCUGAUAUUUAGUUUUCAAACUAUCAGUUUUGGAAUACCUGUGGCCAAAAAUAUUUAAUGCAGGUUGUUCAUGGUUGGAGACUUCAGAUUUUCCACCAAUUUUGAAAGAAAUAAAUGAAUCUUGC